GGUGUUUGUUGUCACAACUAAUAUCUCGGAGUUUAGAUAACCACAUAUUACUUAAAAAUUAAAAGAUAUUUCUUCGAAAAUUAUUCUGUAAUCAUUAAUUUUCAAAAGUUGAUGUCCACUUACAGUGAAAGUAAACAAUUACUUACAUUCCUUGAGAAUUUUCAUCUCUCAGCCUUUAAUUCCAGAGGUUAAUAUACAUCUCAAACCACGACUCGUAUUAAGUUAUUUGUGUGCGGAAGUCGGGACUUACACUGAUCACCUUGUACAGAUGUGAUAGAUAAAGUUAUCGUACGUACUAAAGUCGCCAACCGGUAUGAUGUACAAGUUUGGACACCUAACCAAGCCUAUGUAGCCGAAGGUGGAUAAAGUGACAAUGUCUUAACCACUAAGUCACUGUUAUAAUGGGUGCUUCUAAAGAUACUUUGACCGAUCAAUAUUGUGACACUGAUAUUCGGCUUUGGAAUAUGUUUUUUAAAAAACAUAUUCCAUAGUGAAUUUUCGUUUCUUUUGGUCCUUGUUAUGGGUGCUUGUCAAGUCAUAUGUGGAAGUGUCUUCAUUUUAGUAUUUAACACGGCUUCAUCAGCCUGGUCACGUUCUACAUGUUCUAUCCCAAUAUCCUCCACACUGCUCGUCACUAACCGGUUGGAAAAACAGAAAGCUAGUAGCUUGGCUGCACAUAGUGAAGGGUGGCUGUGUUCGAUUAUUACCUAAUGGUCCACCGUAACUAUCUAAAUCAGGUCUAACGAUCGUACAACUCCAAUUGGAUAUAUGCUUCGCCCAGUGGGAAUUUUCUUGUUGUAUUUCUGUCAGGUGGUAGGAACUUCUAACAAUAAAAUGCAUCUUGGUUGUGAGCUCGCUGAAAAUAUUUAUCUAUACAUUUUUACCUUUAUAUUGGUUGUGUGAUUUCUUUUCCAAUUCUUCGUAAUAUUAUUAUGUCACAUCAUAUAGUACAUGUAGUGGUGCCUAUCGAUACCAAGGUUUUCUUUGGGUAUUAAUCACAGUGGAUAGAAGGCCAAUAAUGACUUUUUAUGGAGCUUCUAUUCAUUCCACCUCACUGACAAGUCACUCAGCUUUCGACCACUAUUUCGGUUUAAACAUCGCUUCACUUUCUCAUGUGUAUUAGUUUAAUGUUGGUUUACGAAACAAAGUGGAUAAAUAGCUUAUUUUCGAAGCUCCAGAAGAUCAAAUGGCAGACAGCAAAUCUUGAGAGGAACUGUCGUAAGCGUUUUGUACCAAACUAAACAAAAAAAAGCUAAAGGUAUUGCCCUUCGUUCUAAAACUUUUCGAUACAAUCAUUAAGAUCAUGUAAAUACGUACAUUCAGUUCAAAAAACCUUAGUGGUUUUAUAUUAUGUGUAGUAUCGCAUUGUGAUAUGGAACUAGGACGUUUCAAAUCAAAUCUACUUAUUGCCAAUAUAGGAACAACAGAAAUAACAGGAGCUUUCUGACGAAGAAACACUAGGAUAUCAUUAAUACACUGACAAAUUCUAAACAUUUUUCGACUUUAAAAGUGGAUAAAGAGUUGGAAUUUGUUCUCGAGAAAAAGAUUUCCAGGAACUGACUAACCAAAAUGAUCUUACUGACGGUAUAGAGAAUAACCUUAUAAAAUCUUCAAUGAUGCUCGAAGAUUAAUAUAUGAUUUUGUCAAACUCGUACGAAACAAUUAGGGCGAUGGAAACUCAUUUAUCAAGGUUAUAUGAGUUGUCGAAUGUCCAUCGAGACCAACAGAUAUGUAUAACUUCUCUUAUACUAUUAUGAAUGGGUUGGUAACUACUUUGAAACCCAUCUACACGAAGAUUCUGAAGUAGUGCUAACUAUAUCUCCUAAAUUGUCAGCAAGAGCAAACGUGUAAACACUUCAAAACAAAGACAGAGCCUCUAAAUGUAACAUCAUGAUUCUUAAUUGUUCCAACCAUGGUGACCGUCGAAUAUAUAUGUCGGUAACUCGGAAGAAAUGAAACAAAGGAAUUUCGUUUGCCAUCAUAAGUGUUAUUACUUCAUCACAAUAUUUAAUUUGUAACGGUGAAAUCUACGAACAAAGGAUUGGCUUCAAUGAGUUUACCAUCAAGUCUAUAUUAGCUGACACAUUUUCAAUUAAACUUGUAAACGGUCCACUUCAUAAGUUUACUCAUGAGUUUAGACUUUACUGUCGUAUGGUGGAUACAGUUAUCCUUUAUAAAAAUAGUACCAGAGAUCAUAGGCAAUUUGACGAAAUAUACUCUGUCACUGAGUUCGCAUGUGAUGAACGUUAGGGUAGGAUGUUUUGCUAGCGAAACGAGUUGAUAAAUGGAUAAGGAAUUUAAACAAGAAAAUGCUUGGGUGGUGGAAAAUACACAUUUCUCCAACCUUGUGUUUCUGCAGUACGAAACAAACCUAGAAAGACCACUUAUUUACAGCAUAGCGGCCAUAUUCUCUACUCAUACUAUCACAGAAAAUCUGAAAGCCGUGCAUAAUACUGAGAAAAAAUUAAUACUGUGGGAUAUUUACAAACAAAUAUCUGGUUACAAAUUUUGUAAAGCAGAUAUUUAGACUUCUAAUAGGAAAUCUUACAAUUCGGAGGUUGUGUUGCCAGUAAAGUAAUAAUCCCGAAAUUACCCAGGAUAGUGGAGAGAGUGUUAAGCAACAAGUUCUCCGUGCUUAUGGUGGUGUCACAUACUUAAGGGCUGAUCAACCAAACUACUCAGCUCUUUGUAUUUAUCUAUUCGACUACUGUGUAGCAAGUCACACUCACCGACGAUUCAUGGAUUCACAUUUUCUCGCUCCUUAAUCCCUCCAUUAUGGGUAAGCGAAAUAGUAAAACCGUAAAUAGCUCAAUCCCGCCCUACUUAGUUCAGACGAAUCAUACAGCCAGGAUAAAUCCGUCGUGUCAGUAAUCACCUUCCAAUCCCUGUCAAAUGGUAGAAGUGAUGGCUAUAGUGAUCGGAAUACUGGGGCUUAGUGUAUAUCAUAAGUAUCUCCAGCCUCUUCCUAUACUUUGUAUUGAAUUAACAUUAUCACUCAAUUCAUAUCAUUUUACGCACUAUGUAAUCUUCGACGAAACCCUUUCUGUAAUUUUCAGUCACAUUAUUUUUCUCUUUUUAAUGUACCCAUAUUUAUUCUGAUUAUUGGUUUCACAAUUUGAGUUGAUUUUUUUAGAUUUAUUUAAGUUAGUAUUACCUAUUGGUUACAAUAUGAGUAAUGUUCUUCUAACAAUCCUAAAUUCAUGCGCUAUAAUUUCAAAGAACCUGUUCGCUGUAAACGUGCUUAUUUUAUUGGUUCAUUAAUUUGGUCUUACUACCUUAGAACAUGAAAAUAUAUUGGAAAAAACUUUUCGUUCGCAUAUAUUUUUUUAUAAUGGUAAAUUUGCGAUGAGUUGACAUUUCUUUAAGAUUGUAAUGUUCUUUGAUUUCAGGCAUCUCAAAAUUGGCAUCGUGAUGCAGCCAUUUUGGCUCGCCUCAUUAAAGAUAACAAAGGGAGUAUUGUCAUUUAUACUGGUGCUGGUAUAAGUACAUCGGCGUGCAUCCCAGAUUAUAGGGGGACAAACGGUUUGUGGACUGUGCAUUCUAAUCGCGUAACAGGCGGUAAUUCAGUGCUACGUACCGUUGGUUAUAACAAAAAUGAUCAAGCGAACUAUACUGAGAUGCUGAAACUACAGGAUAAAAUGCGUCAAUGUGAAUCACGGAUUAAAACUCCUAAAAAGUCAAAAAACACCAACUUAAAGUUACGACUUCCAGAAGCAACCAUUGCAAAGCCAACAUUCACUCAUAUGGCUAUCAAAGUUUUGGUAGAUGAAGGAUAUGUUCGACAUGUCGUUUCUCAAAAUGUUGAUGGCUUACAUGUGCGCAGUGGUUUAAAUCGUGAAAAACUUUCGGAGCUACAUGGUAAUUUAUUCAUUGAACAAUGCAUCGCUUGUGAACACACUGUUUUUCGGACUUUUGACGUUGCCGAAACAACUUCUCGUUCACACCAUUAUACUGGACGCAUUUGUCCUCGGUGUCGUAAUUUACACCCUGUUGAAAGUACAAUAGCCAGUGAUAUACUAAAGAAAACAGCUGAACAUUCGGCAGUAUCUAAAUACAAGAAAAAUGUAUCAAAUGAAAAUCUUAUGUUGAGUUACCGAUAUGCUGCAAGAAAAUUAGCCAAAUCUUUUGAAGCUGUACGUCUUAAAGCAGUGGAACAUUUACGCAAUACUCAAAAGUCUGAGAUGCUGACGGACUCAGUUCUUACGAAGGCACCUUUACUAAGAGAUGUUGUUGUACACUUUUUUGAACGACAACCAGAGAUGGGGUUAACAGAAAUAUAUCGCAUUCGAUCAGCGAUCGAAGCUGUACAUGGCCGUAAAGUUCUUCAAGAUGCUAUCAAUGCCACUUCGAAUGACCGUAAACCUUUGAAUCAUGGAUGCAAACGUUCCCAUGAAGAGUCAACAAAAUAUCUCAUUGGAUCCCCAUGGUUUAAAAGAAUGUGUCCUGCUAUGAAGAUGGAGUGUCAGGAUUUUUGUAAAACAUCAGAAGCAGUUGAUUUAAAACCUAUCUCUCCGGAUUCUCUGGAUACUCCUGCUAAAUUAAUUGUUGUUGUUGGUUCAUCUUUAACUGUUUUGCGCAACUAUUCAUUUUUAUGGCCUUAUGGCCUUGGGAGGUGCGGUCAACUAAGUUCGUCGAGCAAACAUAAAAAGAAACCCACAUGUGUUGAUUCUGUUUUCAAACCGACUUCAAUCCCUGAUACCCCUGAAAAUUGUCGGUUGGUUAUUAUCAAUUUACAACCAACGUGCAAAGAUGUGGUUGCAGAUUUGGUACUUCGAGUUCCUUGUGAUGAACUAUUUCGCGUUAUUAUGUCAGAUCACUUGGAAAUAGAUGUUCCACAAUAUGACCACAGGCAUGAUCCUCUUUAUUCAUUCGGUCUUUCUUUAUCUCCAGAAGAAGAAUGCACACGUACUCGUUUGAACAUCCCAUUUUCUUCCGUAUAAUAUUGUUUCAAAAUUUUUCACUCUGUGGUGUACAGUUUCACAUGAUUUGGUUGUAGCUAUUGGUUACUAUUUCGUUCUUUAGACGUAGAAUAAACAUUUCUCUUUUGUACUCAAAACAAGAAUCAGUACCUUUGUAAAUAAUAAGGUGCAUUUCCAUAAUUAAAAGAACCUAAUAGAAUUACAUCGUGUCAUAGUAGUUUAUUUGCUCUCGAAUUAAACAUGGAUUCGUAACACCAAUCGAUCAAUUCCUGAAUAUUAAAAAGUACAUUUCACUUUUGGCUCUAGUUGAGAUUAUUUUCUUUUUCCACUCCUGAUCUUUAGCCCGUCCCUUUUUUGUAUAAAAUUCUCUUAUUUA